CGUUUUAUUAAUAGACAAACAAAGUACACUUUGUCGUUGAAAUACAAUUUAAAAUGAAAUAUUUUAUCUUUUAAUAAUUGGCAUACAUAGAUAAAAAAAAAAUCUGACUAUUUUUGAGAUUAUAAUGGCUUGGUAAAUGACUCAAACGCGCAACAGCAUAAGGUAUUUUAUUUUGAAAAAUAUAUUUCAAGCUUCACACCUAAAAAAAACCCAUGACAUAGCGCUUGUUGGCUUGAUGUGUUGACUUCUGGAGAUUUGAUAGUUUGACGCGAGUCACCACACAUGUUUCAAUCUUCACAUGUUUGAUGCAAUACUUUCAAUUUUAUACUGAUAAUAGGAAUCUGAAAGUUGCAUUUGAAGCAAGAUGCCGCCACACAUUGAUGACGUAAUGAAACUCUGCUGUGAACUAUCCACAAACCAACAAGUAAAAACAGCGGUGAAGCAGUCUGGAAAAGGAGCAGCGGCCGCUGGUGGUUUAGCCUUUGCAGGAGGCUUAAUAGGGGGUCCUCUAGGAAUUGCAGUGGGUGGGGCUGUUGGGGGACUGAUUGGAUGCUGGAUGACGAGUGGACAGUUUAAACCUUUACCUCAAGUUAUCAUGGAACUGACACCAGACCAGCAGCGCAGACUCUAUGAAGAUAUCAGAGCCAUUCUAGGCUCAAUAACAUGGACUGAUGUUGCACAGCUGACUGCCCUUGUAAUGGGGAACGCAUCACUACAGCAGCAAGUGACCGCUGCUCUUUUGAGCUAUAUACAGAAGGAACUUCAAGCUGAAGUGCAUUAUGUAGACUAACUUAAGCUUAUUUUUAACGAGAAACAACAUUUCAAACUUUAUAAUCAUGUGUCAAAUGGGCUGCUGGAUUGGAUGCUUGAGUUCUGUACUUGAAACUGGUGUACAGCAUAUUAGUACUGUAGUACUAUAUAAAAAUGUUUUUAACGUUAUAUGGUACAUUUGAUACUGCGAAACCUUGUUUGCACCAUAGAAUAAAAAAUGUAAAUGUGAUUUUUUUUUUUUUUAUGUCACAAUUUGGACUUUUUUCCCCUGACAAUUCUGACCUUUGCUCAUUUUUGAGCAAAAAUGUCAAAAUUAUUCCAUACAGAAACAAAAAAAUAGAAUUGUGAGAUGGUAAACUCAGAAUUCUUAGGGGACAAAAUAGAAUUGCAAAAUGUAAACUUGGAAUUCUAAGGGGGGAAACAGAAUUGUGAGAUGUGAACUCGGAAUUAUGAGGGGACAAAAAACAGAAUUGUGAGAUGUAAACUCAGAAUUCUGAGGGGAGAAAACAGAAUUGUGAGCUGUAAACUUAGAAUUAUGAGGGAGGAUAGAAUUGUGAGAUGUAAACUCAGAAUUCUGAGUAGGAAAAAUAGAAUUGUGAGAUGUAAAGUCAGAAUUCUGAGGGGAAAAAUAGAAUUGUGAGAUGUAAACUCAGAAUUCUGAGGGGAUAAAAAAAUAGAAUUGUGAGAUAUAAACUUAGAAUUCUGAAGGGAAACAAAUAGAAUUGUGAGAUAUAAACUCAGAAUUCUGAAGGGAAACAAAUAGAAUUGAGAAAUAAACUCAGAAUCCUGAAGGGAAACAAAUAGAAUUGUGAGAUGUAAACUCAGAAUUCAGAGAAGAAAAAAUAGAAUUGUGAAAUGUAAAAUCAGAAUUCAGAGGGAACAAAAAAUAGAAUUGUAAGAUGUAACCUUAGAAUUCUGAGGGGAUAAAAAUGAAUUGUGAAAUGUAAACUCAGAAUUCUGAGGGGCGGAAACAGAAUUGUGAGAUGUAAACUCAAUUCUGAAGGGGGAAAUAGAAUUGUAAGAUGUAAAC